UAAUAGUACUUUCAAGGACUAUAGUCUUUGUUCUAUCUAUUUUAAAUUUAAAGUUGGCGCGUUAAUGCUAGUGCUUUUUACGUCCCAGUGGCACCACUAUUAUUAAAUUAAAGUAACUAGAGAGAUAGGUUAUAAAAUUAUAAACAGUCUGCUUAAAAUAUUAAGUAAAAUAUCAAGUCUAAGAGGAUCUAAAGUGAAUUAAAAAUGAGCGAAAACGGUUCCCAACAACCUAGAGAUAACAAACGGAAGCAUAAAUAUUAUGGUGUCCCUGCGAAACGGAAUAAAGGCGUAGAAGUUGGUCUGAAGGGGUUCCUUUGCAGCUGCAACUUUAAGGAAAACGAAUGCGUUAAAGAAUCCUACAAUAUUUUGAACCACUACGUUGAUACAUUUUUUGUUGAUAAAAAUGAAUCUCAAGAAAGUGAGAAUACAGCAGAAACUGAGGACGUUCUGGCAGCUGAAUUGGCUUAUCUGAGAGAACGACAUAAACGUUUUCAAGUACUUGAUUCUGGUGCCAAGAAUUUUUUGUUUAUAAAAACAACAUUGGAAAAUCCCGUUGAGAUUGUUCAAAAAAUUGUGGAAGAUAUUAUUUCCACAAAACAGCAAAUAUCUCGUUACCUUUUAAGGCUGAUUCCUGUUGAAGCUGUCUCUAAAGCAUAUGUGGAGGACAUUGUAAAAAGUCUCACCCCUCUUCUUCAAAAUCAUUUUAAAGAUUCUGAUAAAUCCUUUUCAGUUAUUUAUAAUCACAGAAAUAAUGAUGGUUUGUCUAGGGAUGCUUUAAUAAAAGAAAUUGCAAGUUCAAUUAAUUUAUUAAAUCCAAAUUGUAAAGUUGAUCUAAAUAAUCCUGAACUUUCUGUUCUUGUUGAAGUAAUAAGAGGCUAUGCUUUUUUGGCUAUAAUACCAAAUUUUAUAAAGUACAAGAAAUUUAAUUUAAUUUCUUUAUCUCAAGAAGAGUGUGAAAACAAGAAAUGCAGUUCUAAACCAGAAAGGAAUGAUCCAAAAGUAACAAAAGAUGAUUUUAAUAUAAAAGGAGUAAACAAAGAAGAAAUUGAAGUGACAAAAGAAGAUAAAUAAAACAUUUCAAUGAGUACUAGUUUCCUAUGUACAGUAUCUUGUUUUAUACUUGCUACAUAAAAAGAAUAUUAUUUUUAGUGAUUACGUUGUUAUAAGUUGAUUAUGUUUGUU